CUUGGGCCGGAUAUGCACAUUGCUGAUCAUCAGACGCAGUGAUCCAAAGCAGACAUGCAAAUCCAUCAUGAUGGCGUUGCAAAGAUGUCUGCAUAUUCAGGAAAUACUCCUCAGUCGGCUCCCAUAUCAAAUCAAAACCUACGAGCUCCUGAUUGACACAAAUCCAACGUCCCAACCAUGGCUGCACCAACUAACCCCUCAGUAUUCUUGUAUGGUCCAGGAAAGGCUCGAAUCGAAGAUACACCAGAGCCAACAAUCACAGAUGUGACAGACGCGAUUGUACGAAUCAAGUUUGUAGGAGUGUGCGGAAGCGAUGUCCACUUCUGGAAUCAUGGAGGUAUUAACGGGAAAUACGUCUCCGACUCCAAGCCCCUGGUGAUGGGCCAUGAAGCCUCGGGCACAGUUUACGCUGUCGGAUCUGCUGUCAAGCACCUCAAGCCUGGCGACAAUGUUGCCAUCGAACCUGGAAGGCCUUGUCGCUCAUGCAUACGGUGCAAGGAAGGCUUCUACAACCUCUGCCCGGACAUGAAGUUCGCAGCUUGUCCGCCCGAUACUCCAGGCUGUUUGACCAAAUAUUACAAACUUCCGGCCGACUUCUGCUACAAGCUGCCAGCUGGCGUGAGUCUGCAGGAAGGUGUGCUCGCCGAGCCACUUGCCGUUGCGGCGCACGCCGUGCGAAUGGUCAAUAUCAGACCGGGUCAAAGUGUGGUAAUAUUUGGCUCGGGAACGAUUGGUUUGGUGUGUGGCGCUGUUGCUCGAACGUUCGGAGCCAAAAAGAUUGUUGCUGUAGACAUCCUAGCCCACAAGCUCGAGUUCGCGAGCAGCUUCAACACAUGCAGCACUUUCAAGCCAGACUUGGAUGCUUCACCCGAAGAGAAUGCUGCUCGAAUCAUCCACGACAACGACCUGGGAUUGGGCGCCGAUGCUGUGAUCGAGGCGUCAGGGGCAGAGAGUUCGAUCUUCACCGCAGUCCACGUUCUUCGUCCAGGAGGCUCCUGCGUCCAGACUGGACUCGGCAAACCUGUCAUCAACUUCCCCAUUGUCGCCAUGAGUGAAAAGGAGCUGCAUAUGCAUGGUGCAUUCAGAUACAAAUCCGGGGAUUACCAAGUCGCCAUGGAUGUCCUCGAAGCCGGCACCAUCCCACUCAAAAAGCUCAUCACAAAUAUGUUCAACUUUGAAAGAACGACCGACGCAUGGGACGCAACCAAGCAAGGACGGGGUAUCAAAAAUAUGAUUCGGGGCUAUGGAUUUAGAGAUCCCGCCAGGACUGCCCAUUUGUAAUGUCCAAUAAC